UAUUUAGCCGCUUUCCGAUUGCAGCCACACUAAGAACUAGGAAAAUGGAAAACAUAAGUUAAAGAAAUUUGAUUGGCAGAUUUAGCAACAAAUUGGUGAAAAGGACGUGCGAGCGACGUGACAAGAUGCCUGGCAAAGUGGGUGUGAAAAUCAAGGCGGCACGCAAUUUGCCUGUCAUGGACAAGAGCAGUGAAACGACGGACGCGUUUGUGGAAAUAAAGCUAGCCUCGGUGACCCACAAAACGGACGUAUUCCGCAAGAGCCUGAAUCCCACAUGGAACACAGACUGGUUUCGCUUCGAAGUGGAUGAUGCAGAGCUGCAGGAUGAGCCGCUGCAGAUACGACUGAUGGACUACGAUACGUAUUCGGCCAACGAUGCCAUUGGCAAGGUGAACAUUAGCUUGAAUCCCUUGUGCCUGGAGAGCUCUAGUCAGGCGGUGCACGGCAAGGGCACUGUCCUCUCCGGUUGGAUACCAGUCUUCGACACAAUGCACGGAAUACGUGGCGAAAUCAAUGUGAUAGUCAAGGUGGAUCUGUUCUCGGAUGUCAACAAGUUUCGACAAAGUUCCUGCGGAAUUCCCUUCUUCCACUCCCAAUGUGUUCCGUUUGGCUAUCGCGCCCAGGUGAUACAUGGCUUUGUCGAGGAGCUGGUGGUCAACGACGAUCCGGAGUAUCAAUGGAUUGAUAAAAUACGCACACCACGCGCCUCCAAUGAGGCGCGGCAAGUCGUCUUCCUGAAGCUGUCCGGCCAGGUGCAGCGUAGAAUGGGCCUGAAGGCCAUCAAUAUGGGUGCCAAUGCCGUGAUCGGCUACACCAAAUGCUUUGACCUCGAGGGCGAUGUGGGUGUGGUGGCGCGCGGCGUCGGCACAGCCGUCACCCUGAUCAAGGACACCAGCAGCAGUCAGCCAAAUAGCGCAGAUGUAGUGCUCAUAGAGGAACUGGCUCAAAAGUAUCUCGACUUUCUCAACUGUACGGGUGCGAGCACCGCAAGUCUGCCGCUGUCCGGACGAACGCCCCAGUAUCGUCUCAAUAUAUACAGGCAGCCCCGCUCGGUGCCCACUCCUGCUGCGGAGGCAGCAGCGGCAGCAACGCUAUUCUAUCUGGAAAGCGGCAGCAGCGACACAGAGGAUGCGGAUCUCAUGCAGAACUUGAUCAAGCAGGAGGACGAGCGUGGCGAACGGUGUCGCGAGAAGAAGCUAACGCAUCGGAUGCGCCGCCUAACCCUCUCCUCGCGCAAUGUGUUCAGCGAGAAGUAUGCCACGCUGAUCAGACGCAUCGAGCCGAAGAUACCCGAGAAUGCCACCCAAUCGCUGAGCAGCAUCUUUGGCGGCAGCGGCGGAGCAGCCACGGCACCGUCCAGCUUCCGGCAGCGGCGUCGCAGGUCGCGAUUUCCCAUGAACAUGAAGGCCAGUCCCCCGAAUAUUGUGCGCUCCAUAAGCAACGAUACGGGCGUUCGUCCCAGCCAUGUGGCGGCCAGCCAAAGCUUUCUGACUGUACCCGGACUGACGGAGUUUCAGGAGAAUACGCGCUCAGCCCCGGACUUGCCGGUGGACGAGUUUCUUCAGCUGAAGAGCGGGCGCUCCUCUACGUACUCCACUGAUUCGGAGGAGUCAUUGCGAUUGGCUUUGUUGGCACCUGGCAGCAACGGGGAGGAGUCCCUGGAUGAGGAGAAUCUGCAGGACAACUGGAUUAGGCCGGGAGAGACACGCAGCUGUGAGAAUAGUCAGCCGGAUUUGGGCCCGAAGCACCACAACUUGCUGGAGGAUUUGAGGGGUUUCUCGCGACGCCUGCAGCAGUUGAUGCACCUCAAGCCAAAGAACAGUCCGCUCGAGCUGAAGCCCAAGCAUCCGUCCUUUAUGCUCUCAAUGGAACGGAAGCCGUACUACAGUUCACAUCCCGAGCUGCCGACCUGCUGCAGCGAUGAGGCAUGGCUGGGCUCCGGCCUGAGCACAUCCUCCUCCAUGCUGCAGCUGAAUCAUUUGCCGAGCUACGAGAAGAUCAUGCAGCGCAGUGUUUCAUUCAAUCAUUUAGGCACAGGCACAGCAACAGGCUCAGCAACAGCCACUGCACUGCCGAUGCUAGAUGAAGUAGCAGCACCUUUGCCUUUGCCUCUGCCUCCUGUACCACCGAACACGUUGCUGCUGAAUGCACCAGAGCUGCGUGUUUGCCCCUCGACCCCCACACCCCAGACACCCACAAAGUCCGAGCUACUAGACUCCACCUACUCCUCCGCCUUUGAUUUUAAUCCUUUUGUUAUUGUUGCCAAAUUAGAUCAUUCUGUAAAUAUCUCUAAUAGUACUAACCUUAGUAACAACAAUAAUGAACCAUCAUUGCUUGCUCCAUUUGCCAUACAAAAACAACAACAACUACGACAACAACAACAACCUAGGUCCAGCACUGACAUCCAACAGCAGACAGUAGCAGGAGGAGGAGCAGGAGCAGGAGCAGCCGCUCAAGCCACACCACCACCACCACCAGCAACUGCAACUGGAACAUCAGGCUGGCGCCUACCCUCGCCAGUGAACAGCAGUCGCCUUAAGAUGACGCCCAGUCCAUCCAAGAGCGGUAUAUCGGCGGCAACAAAUGCAGACAGUGCUUCCACAUCGACCGCAUCGACGGCCACCACCAUGGUGCCGGCCACCGUUGGAGAGAUCUGUCGUCGCUCCUCCGACUCCGAUUUGAGUGUCACACCGAAAGGAAACUCAAUUUGUGUGGCCAGCGAGCGACUGGUGGCCGCCACGGCAAUGAUGCGUCUAACGCAGCCCGCUGUCGGCGCCAAGGCAGGCACCGCCGCGGAUAGCCUGGACAUGCUGGAGUAUCCGUUUCUGACCAUGACAAAAUACCCAACGGGCUUCAUCCUCCACCUGGGUGCAACAGUGGCGGCCAGUUCGGUGAAGUUGCUGGAGCGUGUGCCUAAUCCGGAUGAGCCAGAAGUGCGGGACAGCUGGUGGACGGAGUUGCGCAUGGAGAUCCGUUCGCAUGCCCGUUCCCUGGGCUGUAAUGUGGUCCUGGGCUAUGCGGAGACGACAACCAUAUCCGACGAUGUCUGUGUUUUAUCUGCCACUGGAACUGCGGCCGUCAUCAACAUGGUCUUCAAUCGUUCGGUCUCGCAAACCGAUCUCUACGCCAUGUCCAAGGCCACGACGGGCAACGCCAUGUCCAAUUCCCUGGAGGAGGCAAAUGGCAGCAGCAGCGGAGAGCCGAGUGCCAGCAAGGACAGCGGCUCGGUGGGCACGGGCAACAGUUCGGGGGGCAAGCGUUAUGGCAUGCCGCCGCUAAAUGGUCCGCGCAACGCCUGUGCCAUCUGCCACAUACCGUACAACCUCAGCUCGGUGCCGUUCAAUGUGAAGAUGAAGAAGUGCGCCAUUUGCCGCAAGGGACGCGUGCCAGAUGUUUUGCUUGCCACGCUGGAGGUGCCCGAGUACAUGCAGGUCACUGGACGCGGUUGCUUCAUGCAGGCCCAGGUGGUGCGCGCCAAGCGGGAUCUGCGGGCUGCCGAGCUGAAUGCCAAGGAGAUAUCCGAUGGUCUGCCAUUUCUGGAGUACGAACUGCACCGCGUGCUGAUCAACAAGCUCAAGGCCAAGGGCAUGAAUGCCAUCUUCGGACUGCGCACUCAGGUGGCCAUUGGUGAGCGCAUGAUAGCGUUAAUAGCCACGGGCACGGCACUCUUCCUCACGGCCCUGCCAGUGCCGCAGGUGCCGAAAAUUGUCGCCGGCACCUCGUGGACGGACAAGCAGAAGCUAAAUGAGCUGCAAAAGAAACUGCAGGAGACGUUCGAGCGCAAUCAGGAGAUCUAUCAGCUGAAGAGCUUGGAUCCCGACCUGGCCGCGAAUACGGCAACGGCAACGGGAGCCUCUGGUGGCGCCACUGGCGAUAAGCAGUCGGACACAGACGAUUCGGAUGAGGAGGAAAUGAACGAAAUCGAUUUGAAUUGCGGCAACAAAGAGCUCUGUGUACUGGAGGUGGAUGAUAUAGAGGAUCUGGAGAUUAUAUCGCUGCUCAUGGAACCGUAUCCCCCCGAGGGCUUUCACGUGGUCAACACACAGCAGGUGCCGGGCAUGCACGAAAUGGAUGCGGUGAAGAAUCUACAGAUGUUCACGCAAGUGUGGCGCGCACGUCUUGAGGUUGGGCAGAGUGUCAAUGGGUUUCCCAAGCACUUUCAGCGUCUGCUGCAGACCAUCUACUUUAAGCUGCGCACCAUGAUACCCUGUGCCAUUUGCGAUCUACGCUUUAGGCUGGAACUGCCCGAAUCGGAUCAAAUUCAACUUCUGGUCACUGGCAUGGCCAUGGGACUGAGCGAUGCCAAUAAAAUGAAAUAUCGUCGACGACCGGCGCAACUGCAACAGCAGCAGAAUGGCUUCCAUGAGGCUGCCACAAUAGUGCAUGAGGCUCAUUCACAGCCAGAGCUGACAAAUGGCAAACGAAUGCUGCAGGAAGAGGAUUAUAUUUUCCCGCUGGACGAGGAUCAAAUGGUGGACACACCGACACCAACCAGCACGGCCAUACCGCCGUUUGGCAUGAGCUCGUUCAAAAUGCGCAAAACAUCGCCAUCACGUCUCGGCCAGCUCGCGUCGGGAUUGACGCCGUCCUCCACAGGUGUCAAGUCGCUGAACUUGGGCACAGCAGUCAACAGGAAUCGAUAUUUCCCAUUGCGCGAUCGCUAUGGCGUGGAUUUAACGCCGCUGAGUUUUAUACCCGGCGGCCGCAUUGAAAAGUAUUUGGGUAACCUGAACUUCUUCUUUAUACGGGAGAGCACUUCCAUACGCGAAAUAGGCGGCAUUAGUGGCUUUGUGCAUGGCUUCAUCACCGAACUGCUGGCAGUGGUGCGGGCCCACAUAGCAUCGUUGGGUGGCAAUGCCAUGGUCUCCUUCUACAUCACCGAACUGAUUUUGUUCGACAAUCAGCACAAGAAUCAGGGCCAGUGCUUGAUUAGCAUUGGUGGCGAUGCCGUUUAUGUUAGCUAUUAUUCCGAUGACUGAUAUAAGCGCCUGAGGGGCAUCUAGCGUUUGUUCUACGCUAAUCGCCCUAAAAGUCUCUGCUGCUGAUGCCAACUCUCUCUCUGUCUCUCCCUAUUUGUCUGUCUCUCUAUUUGCUUACGCAUUGGUCGGAUCUGUGUCCCAUGCCUAGGCGCUGCUCUAGUUCACAUUUAUCAAGUACUUACACAGUUGGCUCUCUCUUAACGCGCUUUAGCGGAUGCAAUAUUCGAACUGUGACGAAACGUUCUUUUUACUUAACUUAGUAGUUUGAAUUUAUUUUUUUGGUCUUUGUUAUAAUUGUUUGCCCUACAAAUGUUUUUAGUGUUUAAAGUUUAAACAAAAACCAAUCGCAAUUUCUGUACAUAGUGGAUGUUUAUUGAAUUUAGAACACAAUACACACGAUACAAGGAUACAUACAUAUAUGAUAUAUGAUGGCAUAUGAUAUACGACGACACGAUAUAUACAACUUGUUGCAACACCUAAAACACAUGACACUCUUGGAGCCUCCCGUUGUAUCUGUAUCUGUACAGAAGAGGCCCGCCUAGACGACAGCAUAUGUAAAAUACAAUACACACAACAUACACACACAAAUAUUUGCAAAUAAAACCUUUGCUCAAUUAGUUAGUUUAA